GAGAUCAAAUCCUUGAUGAAACCUGACCCCAACCUGAUCUGGAUCAUAUCUAUGAUGUUUCUUGCUCAGCUAGUUUCAUUCUACUUAGUCCAAGACUUGGAGUGGAAGUGGGUCCUAUUUUGGUCUUAUGUCUUUGGUAGCACCAUUAACAACUCAAUAACGACAUCGAUCCAUGAGAUUUCCCACAAUUUCCCCUUUGGCAACCGCAGGGCGCUGUGGAACCGCUGGUUUGGAAUAUUUGCUAACCUCCCUUUGGGAGUUCCAUUUUCGGUUUCUUAUAAGAGAUACCACAGAGAUCAUCAUCGGUACCUCGGAGUUGGUGGCCUUGACGUAGAUAUUCCUACUGAUUUUGAGGGCUGGUUCUUCUGCACUACUUUCAGGAAAUUUGUCUGGAUUACUUUUCAGCCUCUCUUUGUGAUUUUACGACCUUUAGUUAUCAACCCGAAACCAAUUACUUCUCUGGAAAUCAUCAAUACUGUGACACAGAUCAUUUUUGACAUUAUAGUUUACUAUGUUUUUGGAGUUAAAUCUCUAGUCUACAUGUUGGCAGCCUCCUUGCUUGGCCUGGGUUUGCACCCAAUUGCUGGGCAUUUUAUAUCCGAACAUUACAUGUUCUUAAAGGGACAUGAAACAUACUCAUAUUAUGGGCCUCUGAAUUUACUGACCUUCAAUGUGGGCUACCAUAAUGAACACCAUGACUUCCCUAACAUUCCUGGAAAAAACCUACCUCUGGUAAGUGAAAGAUUUGGUAAAUAUUUUCAUUUCUAA